AACUAACGUUAACUAGUUAGCUAGUGACAUAACUAACAACUGGCUUUGUUAUUAGCAAAUUGUAGUUAAACUCCACUAUGUUAGUUACUGGUUGCAUAAUGUUAUUUUACGAGCUAAUGACGCAUACAUGAGUGUAACUUUUUUUGACCGUAUAAUCAACCAGAUUUAAUUUCUAGGACCUGUGAUCAUUCAGAAUGUCUUCACCAACAUCAACUCCCGGUGGACGCAAGCGCAGCAGGGAUGCCAUUCCAGCCACUCGUAAGUUGACAGCAAAAGCUUCUCAGAGUACCAUAAACGAUAUUUACUGGUUGAUUUUGUACAGUGAUAUUCUAUGUUUCAUUGAAUAUAUAACACUCAAGGACUUAUAAAUCACAUGAAAGGAAGCAGUCUUAUCUGAGCUAACCAACUCUAUGUCUUUUUCUGUCUCUGUAGCGGACAGUGAUGGCCUGGUCUCCCCUCCUUCCCAGCGGCGGAGAGGUCAGGACUCCUCCAACGGGGAUCUGCCAGCCAUGCCCACGUCUCCAGCCACAGACAUUGCCAGCCCUGCAGUCCUUGACACCUCUCUGUUCUCUAGCCCACGCCGCUCAGGUAACCGCCUCUCCAGCAUUGACACACAGAAUGAUCCUGUUUGAGAUAGUAUUUUUUGCAGUCGCAUAAAUAUAUAUUUCUGCUGUAUUGCUAUUUCUGAUACACAAACACUUCUCCAGGCUUUGUGAGAUCUGGGCCCAUAUCCACAAAGCGUCUCAGAGUAGGAGUUCUGAUCUAGGAUCUGUUUAGCCUUUUAGAAAAUAAUGAAUAUGAUUAAUAUGGACAGAUCCAAGAUCAGCACUCCUACUCUGAGAUGCUUUGUGGAUACGGGCCCAGAUCAUUUAUGCAGCACAACUGCAAAAAAGAAACUGGAACUGUACUUAAAAGAACUGAGAUUUUGACCCUGUGAUGUCACUCAAUGUUAAGUCAAUGUCGUCUCCUCAGUUCUCCCCAGUGAAGUGGACAUGAGCUCCCCUCUAAUGUACGGGACUCCUAGCUCCAGGGUGGAGGGCACCCCCCGCAGUGGUGUGCGUGGCACCCCAGCCAGACAGCGCCCUGACCUGGGCUCCGUCAGGAAGGCCCCCCAGGUGGACCUCCACUCUGAGCCGGUGAGUAGAGAAACACUCCUAUAUGGAGAAUGAUAGUUAGGAAAUCUGUAACAGCUAAUGCUAUUUAGCUAUAGAAUGAUAGCGUUAGCAAAUCGCUAACGGCCUAUGCUAUAUAGAUAUAGAAUGACAUUGUUAGGAAAUCUAUAACAGCUAAUGCCAUUUUCUCUUCCACCAGCCAAGUGCAGAUGGUGCAGUAGCCAGUGAGCAGGCAGCGGGUCAGAAGCUGGUUAUCUGGGGCACUGAUGUCAACGUGGGAACGUGCAAGGAGAAGUUCCAGGUAUGGAAGUUAACCUUAGGGCUGUGCAGUCAUUGGUGUAGAAAAAUAAAUAAUACAAAUCUAAUUGAUAAAAAAUUGAGUUCAAUCUAUUUUUAGAGCUUAGUUAAUGCUAUUAUUGUUCAUUUUCCCACAGAGAUUCCUGCAGAGGUUCAUUGACCCGACUUCCAAUGAGGAUGAGAAUGCUGGUUUGGACCUGAAUGAGCCUCUCUACAUGCAAAAGCUGGAGGAGGUAGGGUCCCCCACCCCCUAGCUCUGCGUGACACCUAAAACAGUGAUAAACCAUUUACAUCUAGUCCUUUAUUGUUGGAUUUCUUGUAUUUGUUUUCUUGAGGUAUUCUUGAGACUAGUAUUGCAAAAUUGCGCUUAUUCUUUUGCAGUGAUGUUCAUUUUCUAUUUCUGCUGUCCCUCUAGAUCAGUGUGGUUGGUGAGCCUGUGCUGAACAUCAACUGCGGCCAUGUGCAGUCCUUUGACGCGGACCUGUACAGGCAGCUCAUCUCCUACCCCCAGGUAAACACGCACGCACCAGACGGUCUAACACAUUAACCCUCUAGAGUCUGGGGAGGGGGUUCUACUAAGCUAACAUAUGGAAAUGUUUUAGGACCCCUUAAUAUUGAUGGAGGGUAAUGGGCUAUGAAUGCAAAGUUAAAAUGUUUCACUUAUGACAGUAUUAAAUUAAAUUGUGACAGCUAGUACAGGUGGUUUGCUGUAAUAUUUGUCUGCUAAAUAUUUUUCUACCAUUUAUUAAAAUGGGCAUAGAGAUACAAUAUGUUUCAUUAUGUGGGCAUACCAAUAAGAAUGGUGAUUCAUAACUUUGUUUCUCCUAUAUCUCUUUCACAGGAAGUCAUACCCACGUUUGACAUGGCUGUCAAUGAGCUGUUCUUUGAGCGUUUCCCAGACUCCAUCUUGGAGCACCAGAUCCAGGUGCGGCCGUACAAUGCCCUGAAGACCAGGAACAUGAGGAGCCUGAACCCUGAAGGUAAUAGACUAUGGCUCUAGUUCAUUUAGCAGCUUAUAAUUCCUGUGGCAUUUUAUAUUAUUUUAUAGUAAGAAGAAUACAAUUGAACAUAGCUGAAUAGAAUAGAAAUGAUAUUUUUCUGAGGAAGUGCACACAUGCAUGCUGCUAUUCUGUGUUGAGUGGUUAACAAAAUAAUCAUUUAAAACAUGUCCUAUAUGCUUAAUUUAGUCAUUUAUGCAACUUUAGUUGUGACACAAACCUUAUGCUAUGUUUUGAUUUCUAAUACAUUCUAAGGCUGCAUGAUGCGACUCUAAUGAUGAUUUGAAGAAAGUUUGCAUGUUUCUCGCACAGGCUGCACACACUUCAUCAGUCUCUUAUUUGCAAUUUGACAAGCACUCGAUAGUAUUCUCACCCAUCAGACUAUUCUGAAUUUAAUCUGGUAUUUACAUAUAGACUACUAAUAUGUGUGGAAUUAUUUGAUUUAGUGGCCCACAAAAAAAGCCUAGUUACUGUGACUCAUCGGUCAUGUGGAAUUUGACUGCAGUCAUGACUGGUGACUGCCAGUGUGGCUAUAAUACGGGAACUGUAACAGCCCUAGUAAUAGACCAUGUAAUCUGAUGGAUGACUAGCUUCCCUGAACAACGCACAAACAUCUAUUGCACUAUAAACCAUAUGAAGAGUGAAUUAUGCUCAAUUAAACAUUGUAUUGAUUUUCUUUCAAAUUUGAGUGUUUGAAUGAGCCUGCGGCCUAGAGUGGCAGAUUUGCACUUUUGGGACUUCCAUUGGUUCCAUUGCUCCGGGCAAGCUGUCAAGCAUAACUAAAAUGUUUGAAACAAGUAACAAUUUUGAAAACACAUCUGGUGCUAUACUGCUCAGUACUUAAUACAAUCUUCAUCUGUCCCUCUCCUCCCAGACAUUGACCAAAUGAUCACCAUCAGUGGCAUGGUGAUCAGGACCUCCCAGCUGAUCCCAGAGAUGCAGGAGGCCUUCUUCCAGUGCCAGGUGUGUGCUUUUUCUACCCGCGUGGAGGUGGACCGUGGCCGCAUCGCAGAGCCCGCCGUGUGCCGCAACUGCAACACCACCCACAGUCUGGCCCUCAUCCAUAACCGCUCGGCCUUCUCCGACAAACAGAUGGUGAGCUAUGGGGAGAGAAAGAAGGCACUAGAAGUUUUAAAAAUAUAUACACUACUGUUCAAAAGUUUGGGGUCAUUUAGAAAUGUCCUUGUUUUUGAAAGAAAAGCAAUUUCUUUGUCCAUUAAAAGAACAUCAAAUUGAUCAGAGAUACAGUGUAGACAUUGUUAAUGUUGUAAAUGGCUAUUGUAGCUUGAAACAGCUGAUUUUUAAUGGAAUAUCUACGGAUGCGUACAGAGGCCCAUUAUCAGCAACCAUCAGUCCUGUGUUCCAAUGGCACGUUGUGUUUGCUAAUCCAAGUUUAUCAUUUGAAAAGGCUAAUUGAUCAUUAGAAAACCCUUUUGCAAUUAUGUUAGUACAGCUGAAAACUGUUGUGCUGAUUAAAGAAGCAAUAAAACUGGCCUUCUUGAGACUAGUUGAGUAUCUGGAGCAUCAGCAAUUGUGGGUUCGAUUACAGGCUCAAAAUGGCCAGAAACAAAUAACUUUCUUCUGAAACUCGUCAGUCUAUUCUUGUUCUGAGAAAUGAAGGCUAUUCCAUGCGAGAAAUUGUCAAGAAACUGAAUAUCUCGUACAACGCUGUGUACUACUUAAAAUGAUAAACUUGGAUUAGCAAACACAACGUGCCAUUGGAACACAGGACUGAUGGUUGCUGAUAAUGGGCCUCUGUACGCCUCCGUAGAUAUUCCAUUAAAAAUCAGCCGUUUCAAGCUACAAUAAAUUGCUUUUCUUUCGAAAACAAGGCAUUUCUAAGUGACCCCAAACUUUUGAACAGUAGUGUAUAUAGUAGGACAAGACCACGAAGAGGGCAGGGGGGUGUUGUUAUACUGUAUGACAGUCUGCUUACUUUAAAUGGAAGAUAUCAUUUGCUUGGAUGCUGCUGAACAGAAUUGAUGAGAUGGUGGUUUAGUUCAGAUACCCAUUACUCCAUAAGGUUAGAACACAAAUCCAAUACUAGUGUAUUCCCAGACACAGCUCUGAAGAAGCAGAGCUCUGGUUUUCUCACUCUAAUUCUUUUUUUUCCCUCUCCCCUUUCAGAUCAAAGUGCAGGAGUCUCCUGAUGACAUGCCUGCUGGGCAGACCCCUCACACCACCAUAGUGUACGCUCACAAUGACCUGGUCGACAAAGUACAGCCAGGAGACCGCAUCAACAUCACUGGUGAGCUGUUUGAUCCGCAGAAGAAAUGGCUGUGAAGCAAUAAUGUAUAGCUUUGCUGUUGGGGAUAUGGUAUGUGAAAGAGAGCGACCCGGCUCUACGUAUUUUACUGGUUUGUGACCCACUGACACCGCCCCCGGUUAGAGGGGAAUAAAGCAGCCCAAGAGUUAACACAGAGGAACUUCAUUUAAACACCCUGAGGAAGAUUAACAUGGGGAUGGUUCUGUGAAGGUACAGAGACCGAGAGAUAAUGAAUAUGCUAUACAGGAGAUAAAUACACAGCAUAGAUAUGUGCGGAGUGCAAUACAAUGGGAUAAGCUAUUCAUGAAGGAAUGAUUAUGAAUACAAUAUAUACAAUGAAUAGAACAACUAAUAACCAUGUAUUACAUAGCAUGAGCACUAUUUGUGACUCGUGUUACUAACAAUAAACAUUCAAUGAACACAGUGAAGCUAUACCCAAAUAGGCAACGUAAAUGGCAAGAAGAGGUCAUAUCUAUUUGUAGCACAUGUGGUAAACACAUCCAACAGGCAUAACAAUAGUGAUGCAAACGUAUGUUUUCACGCAUCCCCAUGCACACCAGUCCACCCACACUCAAACUGGGAAACUGAAAAGACCGUUCGGGUACGGGCCAUAUUUACUCCCUUGGAGAGUGUGGGUCAGGCUGGCUAGCCAAUUAGGGCUUGGAGAGACUGCAUGGCUAGAGCGUGCACAGGGGUGAGACACAUAGCUAUUGUCUAGUUGGCGGAAGCCACGAGCUGGAGAUGAUCAAUCUCUCACGUGAGGGGGAGAAAGGGUGAGGAUGAGUAAGAGCCAGACAGCGCGGCUCCAGAAAGCAAAUAAACAAAUGCGCACACAACACAAUGAUGUAGCGCCCUCGACAAGGGGAUUCUGUAACAGUAUGAUAACACAGGCUAUGAAGUGCUUUCCAAAAAUGGUGCUCUAGUUAAAAGGGCAAUCUGCAGUUGCCACAUCCAUUUUUGGACUUAUAAAUAAAUGGUAUUCAUUGAUUUCUUGUAGAAUAUAAUUUAAGUGCCUCAUGCGCUUAGUUCAACUACCGUGCCCCAUGUUUGUAACAAAAAACUGUAUAGACUUAAAAUAUGCUUAACUAUAAUUGUGAUAUUUUGGAUGGUCAGUCCUUGCAUCAAUAGCGCUUUGUUGUUUCAACUGCUGUUUGCCCCUUUUUAAAGCCUAUAACCAUGGGUUUAGUUUUUCUGGUCAGGUCACGUGGUAAGGAAAAACAAUUAGCUGAAGUCAUGCAUACUGCUGCUGUGCCUUACUGCAGUUUGAAUAAGAAGACAUGAUCCUAUAGACUCAUUUCCCGGCUGCGUCAUGAAAAGUUGAGCGCAUAGUUCGUCAUCAAAAACCUCUGUGUACCUAGCAGUGGAUAAGAUCACAUGCAACUUCAAAUGCAGCGCAUGCAAGUUAACAAAUACGUAAUCAGAUGGUUAUCGUCAACAACGCAGAUGUCAUCAGAGGAUUGAUAACCUAGCAAGCCAACAAGGCAAGGUAAAAUAUCACAAAUAGACCUAGAUAAAGCCAUAAGAAUAAUAUACUUGUUGAACAAAGAAACAGGGGUUGGAACCUGUUCAGGGAACGAAACCGGAAAAGACUGACAUUUCUUAAGGAACCGAGAGCGAAAGCAGAAACGUUAUUUUAAAAGCAUUGGAACCGUUUAAUAACGUUCUGGGCAUUUUUUUCCAGUCCCACAAAAAACGCAACAAAGCGCCUCUUUCACUCAGAAAUGGAUUCCAGUGUCGGUCAUCUGAAAAUCACUCCCUCCGAAGCAUGCACAGUCUACUGGACCUACAGACAUGAUUCAGAAAUUAGGGAUGUAUUUUUAAUUGGAGAAUAAUGGAUUAACUUUUUCAAUGCUAGUUAAGGAUACUAUAGGUAUCACGUUUCACAUUGGAUUUAUUAACUACAAAAAGGUACGUGUUUUAUUUUAAUUCUGGCGCCGCUCUGCACACACAAGCUUAUUAGCUUGUUAGCUACCUCUGGUCUAGCUCUCAAACUCUAGGUGGCAUAAUGUAAUGGAACUGAGAGUCAUGAUCAAGGGCUAGCUCUGGUCCAAUGUCAGUUAAGUCAACUCUCUGAAGUUCAAAGUUCCUUCGUAGAAGCCACUCCUCCGUAGGUAUAAUUCUGUGGGCCUAAUUCGGAUAAUACAUUUCAUAACAACAAGAUGCCCAGCACUUCAUGACCAGUGCUCUCCUCACCUGCAAAAUUUUAUUCGCAUGUCGUACACUACACUUGUCUGUAGCUUGCCCGCUCCAUAGCAAGCUGCUCUAUCCAUUUAAGUAAUUUAAUGUCGAGAUAAAUGUAAAAAAUAAAUCUAUUUCAGAGGUUUAAAAAGGAACAGAAAUUAAAGAUAUAAACCGUUACUGUUUUGGUUCAAAACGGUUCAGAACUUUAUUUUGCUGGUCGAAACAGUGGAACGGAACAAAAAAAAUAAUGGUUCUGUUUCAACCCCUGCAUAGCAAUAGCCAUCAGUCUUGUGUGUUUUUAUGGUCAUCACUCACUCACUGUUAAAUUUGUCAAGGUCCCGAGACUCCCGACAUCAGCGUUCGCUAUCCUGCUACAGAGCUUUUUGAUGUUGGGAUGCGCGUGCAUCACUGGAAUGUGACGUUUGACGGUAAACAGAAAUUGGUCCUAUUGUCAUGACUAAACUCCUCAACUCCCCCACAGGUAUCUACAGAGCAGUUCCUAUGCGUGAGAACCCUCGCCAGAGCAACGUGAAGUCAGUGUACAAGACCCACAUCGACGUCAUCCACUUCCGUAAGACUGAUGAGAAGCGCCUUCAUGGGCUGGAUGAGGAUUCAGACCAGAAGCUUUUCACUGAAGAGCGCGUCCAGACAUUGAAGGAGCUGGCCUCCAAACCAGACGUAUACGAGCGUCUCGCCUCCGCCCUGGCCCCCAGCAUCUAUGAACAGGAGGACAUCAAGAAGGUCAGUGGAAGCGAAGUUGUAGCGCAAAGAUAAUACUUUCUACAUUGCCUGCUAUGGAAUUAAGAUGUUUGUGCUACAACGCUUUUGGGAAACUCACCACAGGACAGUUCUCCCAUCUCUCUCAUCAAAUGAACGUGGGGUCCUCUGCUGCCAGGGAUGUGGAACUGCUGUCUUUCAUAUUAUAGUGGAUUUUGCUUUCAUUCAACAUCCAUGAACAGUACUAUAAAGAUUGUCAUUAAUUUCCCAGGGCAUUUUGCUGCAGCAAUUGUUUGAUUUUGACUGGUGUGAGUUUAGAUUUGACUUCCAUUCAAAAUGCAUGACCAGUACUGUAAACUUUUUCUCUUCUUUUCCCCAGGGUAUUCUUCUCCAGCUGUUCGGGGGCACCCGUAAAGACUUCAGCCAGACAGGCCGCGGUAACUUCCGUGCCGAGGUAAACAUCCUGCUCUGUGGAGACCCCGGCACCUCCAAGUCCCAGCUGCUGCAGUACGUGUUCAACCUGGUGCCCCGCGGUCAGUACACGUCUGGGAAGGGCUCCAGCGCCGUGGGCCUCACAGCCUAUGUGAUGAAGGACCCAGAGACCAAGCAGCUGGUGCUGCAGACGGGGGCCCUGGUGCUCAGUGAUAACGGGAUAUGUUGUAUUGAUGAGUUUGACAAGAUGAGUGACAGCACACGCUCUGUGCUGCAUGAGGUCAUGGAGCAGCAGACUCUCUCCAUCGCCAAGGUGGGUUUAGAAAAGAACAACACAAGAUCAGGGGAUGAAGUUUAGACUGAUGUUGACGUUUCAGCACUAGGUUCAAGACUAUUCACAGAAACUAUGCACUUCACAGAAACACACUACCGUUCAAAAGUUUGGGGUCACUUAGAAAUUUCCUUGUUUUUUAAAGAAAAGCAAAUUUUUUGUCCAUUUAAAAUAACAUCAAAUUGAUCAGAAAUACAGUGUAGACAUUGUUAAUGUUGUAAAUGGCUAUUGUAGCUGGAAACAGCUGAUUUUUAAUGGAAUAUCUACAUAGGCGUACAGAGGCCCAUUAUCAGCAACCAUCAGUCCUGUGUUCCAAUGGCACGUUGUGUUUGCUAAUCCAAGUUUAUCAUUAUAAAAGGCUAAUUGAUCAUUAGAAAACCCUUUUGCAAUUAUGUUAGUACAGCUGAAAACUGUUGUGCUGAUUAAAGAAGCAAUACAACUGGCCUCCUUGAGACUAGUUGAGUAUCUGGAGCAUCAGCAAUUGUGGGUUCGAUUACAGGCUCAAAAUGGCCAGAAACAAAUAACUUUAUUCUGAAACUCGUCAGUCUAUUCUUGUUCUGAGAAAUGAAGGCGCAAACUGGCUCUAACCAGAAUAGAAAGAGGAGUGGGAGGCCCCGGUGCACAACUGAGCAAGAGGACAACUACAUUAGUGUUUCCGUUUCCAGCUACAAUAGCCAUUUACAACAUUAACAAUGUCUACACUGUAUUUCUGAAAAAAUUUGCUUUUCUUUGUAAAACAAGGACAUUUCUAAGUGACCCCAAACUUUUGAACUGUAGUGUAUAGGCCUAUGUUGAAUGUGGUUUUGGUAACGUCUAAUUAUUAAAUAGUUUCACUACUGUAGAAGCAUUAUGAUUGUGUUCGUUUCUGUUUUGUAAAUAGAUUGUUAGUAACGGAUGCCUGGUUGUUCCUUAAAAGUAAUUUCCUCUCAAUCUUAAAUAAACAUGCCCCAUUCAAAAAAAUACAGAACUAAGAACCGAUAUAGCCCCUGGUUCUCCUCAGACUUGACUGCCCUUGACCAGCACAAAAACAUCCUGUGGCGUACUGCAUUAGCAUCAAAUAGCCCCCGCGAUAUGCAACUUUUCAGGGAAGUUAGGAACCAAUAUACACAAGCAGUCAGGAAAGCAAAGGCUAACUUUUUCAAACAGAAAUUUGCAUCCUGUAGCACUAACUCCAAAAAGUUUUGGGACACUGUAAAGUCCAUGGAGAAUAAGAGCACCUCCUCCCAGCUGCCCACUGCACUGAGGCUAGGAAACACUAUCACCACCGAUAAAUCUACAAUAAUCGAGAAUUUCAACAAGCAUUUUGCUACAGCUGGCCAUGCUUUCCAUCUGGCUACCACUACCCCGGCCACCAACUCUGCACCCUCCGCUGCAACUUGCCCAUGCCCCCCCCGCUUCUCCUUCACACAAAUUCAGACAGCUGAUGUUUUGAAAGCGCUGCAAAAUCUGGACCCCUACAAAUCAGCUGGGCUAGACAAUCUGGACCCUUUCUUUCUAAAACUAGCCGCCGAAAUUGUCGCAACCCCUAUUACUAGUCUGUUCAACCUCUCUUUCAUAACGUCUGAGAUCCCCAGAGAUUGGAAAGCUGCCGCGGUCAUCCCCCUCUUCAAAGGGGGUGACACUCUAGAUCCAAACUGCUACAGACCUAUAUCCAUCCUGCCCUGCCUUUCGAAAGUAUUUGAAAGCCAAGUUAACAAACAGAUCACCGACCAUUUCGAAUACCACCGUACCUUCUCCGCUAUGCAAUCCGGUUUCCGAACUGGUCAUGGGUGCAUUUCAGCCACGCUCAAGGUCCUAAACGUCUUCAUCGACCUGGCCAAGGCUUUCGACUCUGUCAACCACCGCAUUCUUAUUGGCAGACUAAAUAGCCUUGGUUUCUCAAAUGACUGCCUCGCCUGGUUCACCAACUACUUCUCAGAUAGAGUUCAGUGUGUCAAAUCGGAGGGCCUGUUGUCUGGACCUAUGGCAGUCUCUAUGGGGGUGCCACAGGGUUCAAUUCUUGGGCCGACACUUUUCUCCGUGUAUAUCAAUGAUGUCGCUCUUGCUGCUGGUGACUCUCAGAUCCACCUCUACGCAGACGACACCAUUUUGUAUACAUCUGGCCCUUCAUUGGACACUGUGUUAACAAACCUCCAAACGAGCUUCAAUGCCAUACAACACUCCUUCAGUAGCCUCCAACUGCUCUUAAACACUAGUAAAACUAAAUGCAUGCUUUUCAAUCGAACGCUGCUGGCACCCGCCCACCCGACUAGAAUCACCAAUCUCGACGGGUCUGACCUAGAGUAUGUGGACAACUACAAAUACCUAGGUGUCUGGUUAGACUGUAAACUCUCCUUCCAGACUCACAUAAAGAAUCUCCAAUCCAAAGUUAAAUCUAGAAUCGGCUUCCUAUUUCGCAACAAAGCCUCCUUCACUCAUGCUGCCAAACAUGCCCUCGUAAAACUGACUAUCCUACCGAUCCUUGACUUCGGCGAUGUCAUUUACAAAAUAGCCUCCAACACUCUACUCAGCAAAUUGGAUGUAGUCUAUCACAGUGCCAUCUGUUUUGUCUCCAAAGCCCCAUACACUACCCACCACUGUGACCUGUACGCUCUUGUUGGCUGGUCCUCACUACAUGUUCGUCGUCAAACCCACUGGCUCCAGGCCAUCUAUAAAUCACUGCUAGGCAAAUCCCCGCCUUAUCUUAGCUCAUUGGUCACCAUAGCAGUACCCACCCGUAGUCUGCGCUCCAGCAGGUAUAUCUCACUGGUCAUUCCCAAAGCCAACACCUCCUUUGGCCGCCAUUCCUUCCAGUUCUCUGCUGCCAAUGACUGGAACGAAUUGCAAAAAUCUCUUAAGCUGGAGACUCUUAUCUCCCUCACUAACUUUAAGCAUCAGUUGUCAGAGCACCUUACCGAUCACUGCACCUGUACACAGCCCAUCUGAAAUUAGCCCACCCAACUACCUCAUCCCUAUAUUGUUAUUUAUUUUGCUCUUUUGCACCCCAGUAUCUCUAUUUGCACAUAAUCUCUUGCACAUCUAGCAUUCCAGUGUUAAUACUAUUGUAAUUAUUUUGCACUAUAGCCUAUUUAUUGCCUUACCUCCAUAACUUGCUACAUUUGCACACACUGUAUAUAUAUUUUCUGUUGUAUUUUUGACUGUUUUUUUACCCCAUAUGGAACUCUGUUGUUUUUAUUGCACUGCUUUGCUUUAUCUUGGCCAGGUCGCAGUUGUAAAUGAGAACCUGUUCUCAACUGGCUUACCUGGUUAAAUAAAGGUGAAAUAAAUAAAUAAAAAACGGUGAACAACGGUAGUUUCUCACAAAGCUCUCUUUUUUUCAUUUUGUGCAGGCUGGAAUAAUUUGCCAGCUCAAUGCUCGCACCUCCGUCCUGGCAGCAGCCAAUCCUGUGGAGUCUCAGUGGAACCCCAAGAAGACGACCAUCGAGAACAUCCAACUCCCUCAUACACUGCUCUCAAGGUAAAUAUUACCUGUUAGGUCAACCGCCCUGGACACUUAUUGAUAAAUUAUAUUGAUUGUCAAUAAGUCACUUCACUGAUGGCCACUGAACCCUAAACAAUGACUUCUCCACUGUAACUAAAUGCACGUUGUUGGCCAAAAAAUAUAACUUUUGUUUUUAUCACUCACAACAUGCAUAUGACCUGCUAUAAAAAAAAAUAUAUUAAAAACUAAAUGAAAUGUUUUCCCCUACAGAUUUGAUCUGAUCUUCCUGAUGCUGGAUCCUCAAGAUGAGGCGUACGACCGUCGCCUGGCUCACCACCUGGUGGCGCUGUACUACCAGAGCGAGGAGCAAAUUGAGGAAGAGUUCCUGGACAUGGCUAUGCUGAAGGACUACAUUGCAUACGCUCGCACAUACGUCAACCCCAGACUGAAUGAAGAAGCCAGCCAGGCACUCAUUGAGGUACGAUAUAGGCAUAUAUAUAUAUAUUUUAAGUGCUCUAAAUUGAAAGGGGUUGCGAUGUAGAUGUUACUUCAGGGCCUGACAUUGGCAUCAAAUGCUGGUAAAAAGUAUUAAGUGGCUGGCUAAGUUUGUUUCAGGCCCUGAAUGCAACAAGUUCUGUGCUGGUUCCAGGUUUAGGCUAUAUUAAGCCAGACGAAAUCCUGGUCAACACAUUGCAUAAAAAUAUCCUGCAGAAGCAUUCAACAGUGUAAAGGUUUUAUAAAUAAAUUGGAUUGAUUGUAUGGGUAUCUUUCUAACAGGCCUACGUGGACAUGAGGAAGAUUGGCAGCGGGCGGGGGAUGGUGUCUGCCUACCCCAGGCAGCUGGAGUCUCUGAUCCGCCUGGCCGAGGCCCAUGCCAAGGUGCGCUUCUCUGACAAGGUGGAGACCAUCGACGUGGAGGAGGCCAAGAGACUGCACCGCGAAGCCCUCAAGCAGUCCGCUACAGACCCCAGAACUGGCUUUGUCGACAUCUCCAUCCUCACAACCGGUAUGGAGGAUUUUUGUUUUUAUUUUUAUUGGAUGGAUGUGCAAACCCAACCAUGUUAUGAAUUUGUAUGUGUCAGUAUCUUUGAUAAUGUGCAACAUGGUGUUUUUACUCAACCCAGGAAUGAGUGCCACGGCCCGUAAGCGUAAGGAGGAAGUGGCCCAGGCCUUGAAGAAAAUGAUCCAGUCCAAGGGAAAGACCCCUGCCAUGAAGUACCAGCAGCUGUUUGAUGACCUCAGAGGCCAGUCUGAAGCUGUAAGUAGUACCUCCCAGCUCUGCUUUCCUAUUGAUGAGAACUAUCAAGGAAAACAGUCCUCACAAUUACCCUAAAACAAUAUUUGAAUAUGUAUUUUUCUGUACAUUUUAAUUGGAUGGUAUGCAUAUCUAUCUUCUGAAUAGUGUAUUUCUGUCCCAUAAUGUAUUUUUCUUCCAAUUUGUUAACCUUCAGGCGAUAACGAAGGACAUGUUUGAAGAGGCUCUGCGAGCCCUGGCAGAUGAAGACUAUCUGACUGUGACUGGAAAGACUGUUCGCCUGCUGUAAAGAAACACACGCCUCCCCUUGCCUUGUACAGUCAUUGAAUUUGCACUUAUGUCCCUGUAGCAGCAGCUUUCUCUCUACAGAAUACUGAUCUGUAAAGAACAUUUGACCACAAUGUUAAUGACUGUCAGGACUAGCAUUGUAUGCUUCAUGAUUACUGAUAGUUCUUGGUGGCUUUGAGAUGUUGUUAUGGUGAGCAAUAAAUAAAUGCUUUUGUAUGUCA